AUGAGGCUUAAUGUGUUCAAUUCUAAAUUGAGGAGCAUUUCUGUGUUCAAGAAUCUCCUGAAGCUGAAUUCAAAAAAUAACAACUAUGUCAAGAAUAACUAUACUUUCAAGUUCAAAAAAGGUUACAUGUAUAACAAAUAUUUCGGUAAGAAUCCGGAACAAACACAGGCUUAUAUAAAUGAGAAAGUAAAAAAUUUAAUAGGAAGUGAUGUUAAAAUGCUGGAUUCCUGUAAAACUCUACUAAAUUUUAACCUUAACUACAAGUUUGUCCAGUUAAUUGAAGCCAAUAUUCAUUUUUAUACCAAUAAUAAUAAUUUGUACUAUUUGCUGAAAUAUUUGCUAAUAUACCAAACAACUCCUGAUCCUGGGAAUAUUGUGGAUAAUUAUGAAACAAUAAUGACAGUUAUUGAUAAAAUUUGCUAUAAUUUUGACGAAAUAAAUAAUAAGUUUGAGAUAUUGGGUCUGCUAUGCGACUUUGAAAUAGUACAUGGAGAUUUCACACAUUUGGUUCAUAAUUUUAUAGCUGAUCCUGCUAAUAUUAAGGUCCUUGAAAAUAAUAUUUACAACGUUUUGAGGUACUUCAAUUUAUGCAACAAGGUCAGCUGUAACGACUACACCGACACCAUAAUUAACACACUAAUCGCAAAUGGAUCCCACAGAACCUACAAGAUUCGUGAGUUACUGAUUAUUUUCAAAUCCCUGUUGGAUUAUGGCUAUUUUUCAAACUUAAGUUGUGUAGAUUAUUUUAACUUUGUACUAUCCAGUAUUGGUAGUAGGUUUAACAGCAGAGAUUCCUUCGAGUUCGUCAAAUUUUUUGAGAUUUUAGCUCCAUAUUCCUACUACCCAUACUUAAACUGUCUGGAUUUUCUUGAUAAUGAGAAAAUAUUACAGGAGUUCUCUAACAACACCCAUCUCAUUGAUACCAGGAAUCUCAUUAACAUCUGCUCCAUUUACUUGUGUUACUUAAAGAACCACGAAACACUCUCGAAAUUUAUUAAUCUGUCGUUAGUACAAAUUUUUAACCAUUAUAAUGGUGUUAUCCACAAUUUAUCGCUGUUUCAGGUUGUCGAUAGAGAAAAUAGCUUGCCUGGUUCCAGUAUCAGGUGUGUUUCUGAACCCACAACUCAAUCUUCUGUUGAUUUAGAUGUCGAGUGUUUGAGCGGAGAUGAGUUGUUGAAGCUAACCAGAAGGAUGUGUAAGUUUUUUUAUGACUGCAAAGAGCUGUUGGAUCACUUGACUUACCCUAACUUGCUUGAAAUUAACAGAUUUCUGUCAAACUAUGAAUCUACGGUCCAUUUUCUAUCAACUCCAUAUGACAAGCUUAGUGAUUCCUAUACUCUUUUUGGGAAACAUAAGCCUAUAAAGAACAAAGAUAAAGUAUUGCUUCUGGACGAUAUGGUUGGAAAUUAUGUUUUAAUGAGGAAUAAAGAGAGAGGAGUUGGGCCCAAUGACGUGAAUGGGAUGAGUAAGCUCCAUACAGAAGUAAAGAACGUCUUGAGUGGGCUAAACUUCCAUAACUUGAGCAACGAAGUUACAAUUGGACCCUAUAAAACUGACAUACUAAUAUGUUGA